AUGGCUGCGGGCGAAAUGGGUUGCUAUUCAGCCACUAUCUCAUCGCAGGUUUUAGAUGAGCUUUCCAAGCUACCAUACAAUAACUCAGUUCCGACCCCAGUCCGACUGAAAAGGCUCGCGGCAACGGAUCCACUCGCCGCCGCAAAAUGGGAUGGCAAAUUAGCUAGGACCGGGGUCGACUACCUGGCCAAUGAUGGGGCGGAACUGGAAAACGCCAUCAAGUCAGACCCUAUUGCUGCCACAAGUUUGAAGGAUACGCUUGAGCUGUUCAUUGGCGGAGAGAAUAGAAGUCGAGCCAAAAUCGAGAACGUGCUGACACAGUUGGCUUAA